AUGGUUCAAAGUCUAAAUUUCAACGCUAUUUUUGGUAUCUUUAGUGUAUUUAAGAAGCCACAAUUAGCCGUUCCACAUAUUAUAAUCGAUGAUAUUCGUGACAUAAAAUUCGACUUAUUAAAAAGAAAAGGCAUAAAAGCACUGGCUUUUGAUAAAGAUAAUACUCUUACAACUCCAUAUGCAAGUGAAAUAUAUCCACCAUUUAAGAAUGCAUGGCAAGAAUGUAAAAAGCAAUUUGGAAGUGAAAACAUUAUUAUUAUAUCAAAUUCUGCUGGAACAGCUGAUGAUUCAGACUUUCAACAGGCCAAGAAGAUAGAAGAUAAUCUGGAUGUGCCAGUGUUAAGACAUAAAUCGAAGAAACCAGGUGGUGGGUCAGAACUUAUUUCCCACUUUGCUCGUUAUCCCCCUGAAACGAUUGUAGUAAUUGGGGACCGUUUACUGACUGAUAUUGUAUUUGGCAAUUUGAAUGGGAUGGCUACUAUAUUUACAAAACGAAUAAUUACAGACAGAGGUGAUAAUAAGAUUGCUAGUAUUGUACGACAAAUGGAAUAUCAAUUGUUAUCCUUACUUCAAACUUGUGGUAUUAAACCUCCACGGCAUCCUUUAUUAUCAGAUUAG